GAGGAGAUUCAAGCUUUCCACCGCUUCGACAUCGUAUCGGACCACUCCGAUCACCACUACGCCAACUCGAACAAAAGCAGGCCCGGAAAAUCCAACGCCCUAGAUUCCUUCGCCAACGCAUCAAGUUCAGUUCACAAGAACAUCAUGAAGGAAUGGAGGAUCCUCGAGAGAGACCUGCCGGAGUCGAUCUUCGUUCGCGUCUAUGAAAAUCGGAUCGAUCUCUUACGAGCCGUCAUCGUUGGCGCCGCUGGUACGCCGUAUCACGACGGGUUAUUCUUCUUCGACAUCGCGUUCCCAUCCGAUUACCCGGCCCGGCCGCCGUUGGUCUACUACCAUUCAUUCGGGCUCAGGCUAAACCCUAACCUUUACGAAAAUGGCCGGGUAUGUCUUAGCUUGAUCAAUACUUGGGGAGGCAAAAAGUGCGAGAGGUGGAAUCCGAAUGAAUCUACGAUUCUUCAGGUUCUGCUCUCCAUACAAGCACUGGUACUCAACGAGAAGCCAUAUUACAACGAACCGGGUUACACGAUGUGGCCGGGUCGGGCACUGCGGCAGAGACAAUCCAUGGUUUACAACGAGAAUGCUUUCUACUUGUCCUGCCAAACUAUGCUUAUCUUGCUGCGACUACCGCCCAGAAACUUUGACGGUUUUGUUAAUUGGCACUUUCGCGUGCGAUCGCAAGCGAUCUUGUCGGCGUGUCAAGCAUAUUCGAGCGGGAAAGUGACGGUCGGAUCUUAUACCAGCGACGGGUCGGGUUCUUCGACUGUUGAUGAAGAUGUUGUCUCGAGGUUGUUCAAAGGGUUGCUAGGGGGACUCUAUCCAGAACUGGUCGCAGCGUUUUCGAGCACCGGAGCGUCGGUGGAGCAUUUCGUCGAACAGCCGAAGCUCGAGCUGGAAGCGGCGUCGUACAAGGCAGAUGGAGAGCCUGCGAAGAAGAAGGAGAAUAAGGAGAAACGUGGAUUUUCCAUUUCCAAGAUUUUAGGGAAAUUGAAGAAGGUUUUCGGAAUGAAGAACCGGGUCAAGCACCUGUGUUCGUCUUCUUCUACGUGAGGCAGGCGAAGAACGAACAGAACCCACUGAACUUUGGUGGGAAUUUCCAUGGCUUCUCGGCUAGUUUCAUGCCAAAACUUAUACAAGGUAAGUAACUUCAGAAUUUGGAUGCCGUGAAGAAAAUAGGAUGUGGGUAUUAAGUGUCAUUUUAGGGUUUUGUUGGUUUUUACAGGAGUAGGAUUUGAUUAGCUUAGCUCAAAGGAUUGAAUGCUUUAUUAAAAGUUCAAAAGAACAAAAAACAGAACUUCAUAUGGAGGAUACACAGAAGAAGGUUGUAGCGGCAUUGUUUAUAAACUGUGGCUUUUUGACGACCGCCUUCUACUUAAUCAUGGCUAAGGCAGAACUAGUUAUUAUAAAUCUUAAUAUUUAAGAGUAUAUUAUAUGUUUGAACUUAUAGUGAUUAAAAACAUUAUUUAUAAUGUAGAUACGAACAUGAAUAUGUUUUAUAUCAUAA